CUAAAAUACCCCUUGUCUUUCUCUCGUCGCGUAGUCAUUAGCGGUCUUGCUGUGGAGGUUAAAAAAUUAUAGUUACCGGAGAAUCUUCAACGCAACGCAACGGAGUUAUCCUUUUUUCGUUCUCUCUCUCGCUCUCACCAAUUAAAUUCCGGGCAAAAUUCCUUUUUGGUGUUGAAAACAAUUGGUUUUUUUUUUCAAUUUAAUCUCAGAGAUGAAUUUUCUUCUUCAGGAAUUCCACUAUUUUUUUCAUAAAUGAUAUGAGUUUUCUCAAAGGCAUAAUCGACUCUCUAAGUUCAAUCCUCUCAACCGAUAGCUCACCAUAUGAAUCAACACAAAACCCUAGCUCAUCAGCGUGUCGAAACAUGGAGGGAAUAGCUGGAAACGAACGCAUCGCAUAUAAGCUCAAAGGAUACUUCGAUUUGGCUAAAGAAGAGAUCGACAAGGCGGUUCGAGCCGAGGAAUGGGGUUUAGUAGACGACGCUGUGAUUCACUAUAAAAACGCACACCGAAUAUUGAUCGAGGCUAGCUCCACCCCGGCACCUUCAUAUAUCAGCUCUAUUGAACAAGAAAAGGUGAAAUCGUAUAGGCAAAAGAUUUCGAAAUGGCAAGGCCAAGUAUCAGAGAGACUACAGGUUUUAAGCCCCCGAGCAGGUGGCACAUCCAUGAACAAGAACACCUUAACUCAUGCACAAACUGCUGCAGUUUCACCAAGAACAUCAAAUUCUAGGAGAGAUGUGUUACAAAAGUCUCCUUCUAAUCCAGUGGUGAGAAAUCAGGUUGGUAAAGUUGGGAGCUCGAAACCAGCACAAGAAUCUGCUAAUGGUUAUGAGUCAAAGUUGGUUGAAAUGAUAAAUACAGCGAUUGUUGAUAGAAGCCCUGCUGUUAAAUGGGAAGAUGUUGCUGGCCUAGAGAAGGCUAAGCAAGCAUUAAUGGAAAUGGUUAUUUUGCCAACUAGAAGACGAGAUUUGUUCACUGGCCUUAGAAGGCCAGCUAGAGGUCUGCUUCUUUUUGGUCCACCUGGUAAUGGGAAGACAAUGCUUGCCAAAGCAGUUGCAUCUGAAUCACAAGCAACAUUCUUCAAUGUUUCUGCAUCCUCUCUAACAUCUAAAUGGGUAGGAGAGGGUGAAAAGCUUGUCCGGACUCUCUUCAUGGUUGCUACAUCCAAACAGCCAUCUGUAAUUUUCAUGGAUGAAAUUGAUAGUGUCAUGUCAACCAGGUUGGCUAAUGAAAAUGAUGCUAGCAGACGGCUGAAGUCAGAGUUUUUAAUCCAGUUUGAUGGGGUGACCUCCAAUCCUAAUGAUUUAGUAAUUGUCAUUGGUGCCACUAAUAAGCCUCAAGAAUUGGAUGAUGCUGUUCUUAGAAGAUUGGUUAAGAGGAUAUAUGUGCCUCUGCCAGAUGAAAAUGUUAGGAGACUUCUUCUAAAGCACAAACUCAAGGGUCAAGCAUUUUCCAUACCUGGUCGGGACCUAGAACGGCUUGUGAGAGAGACAGAAGGAUAUUCUGGAAGUGAUCUGCAAGCAUUAUGCGAAGAGGCAGCUAUGAUGCCAAUUAGAGAGCUUGGUUCAAAUAUCCUUACUGUCAAGGCAAAUCAGGUGAGACCACUAAGAUAUGAAGACUUUCAGAAGGCAAUGACGGUUAUAAGGCCCAGCUUAAGCAAAAGCAAGUGGGAAGAACUUGAGCGGUGGAACCAGGAGUUUGGCUCAAAUUGAAACCAGAACUUGAGCUUUAUGACCUUUGACUGUUCAAAGAACAGCUUAAGCAAAGACAAAAAGCAACUCCUAGCACCACCAAUUGUGUAUUAUUAAGAAACUAAAAUCUGAACACUGGUCAAGGAUUUUUCUAUGUAAUUCUUUGGCAAUGUGUCCUAUGAAGUGUUGUUUUUAUUUGAUUUAAUAAUGUUUUUAAGAUAAAAGGAACUGUGAAAUUGUUCUAUCUACUAGCAAAAAAUGAAAUGCUAAGUGUAGUUGUUUCAUGUAUUUACUGUUAUGAUUGGGCUAAAGGAUAAAAAAAUUUUCG